UAAUAAUCGAAUACCUUUGAUAUUAAGGUGUAAUACUGCAAAAUAGUCAUUGCAGAAAACCAGCUUUAAAUCCCAUAAAAAGAGCUCACCAUCUUUAAUGGAAACUGUUCAAGGAAAAUCCCUUAUUUUGUGAGUGUAUAUAAAGAGAAAAAGAGUUGAAAUUGUUGCUUUUGAUGCAUAGGAAUUUGAUUUUGGAUCAUUUAGGAAGGGGAUGUGUGAAUUAUGAUAAAAUUUUUAGGGUUUUGCUGUGAUUGUGGAAGAACAAGGGAUAGUUUAUGUUGUUGAAAUCUUAAGUAAGGAUAGUUGGGAAUUUGAAGAUUAAACAAGGUUCUUUGGGUAGUCUUUUCAAGGGUUUUAGAUCGUUGUUGUUUCCGGGAGAAAGAUGCAAAGGGUUCGGUUUUCGUCCCAAAAGGCGCCCGUUCAUAAGUUAGGGGAUUCUCAGAUGACAUUAUCCCCCAAAUUUAGAUUAGCUGUGAUUCAGUCUUCAUUGUUGAAUCCUUCAUUAGAGUUUGAGUUGUCUCUUCAAGGAGAACCACUUAUCCCGGGCCUUCCCGAUGAUGUGGCUCUUAAUUGUCUCCUCCGGCUUCCAGUUGAGAACCAUGGAGCUUGUAGAGUCGUCUGCAAGCGAUGGCAUCUUCUGCUUGGUAAUAAAGAGCGAUUUUUCACUCGAAGGAAGGAACUCGGUUUCAAAGACCCUUGGCUCUUUGUGUUCGCCUUCCACAAAUGCACAGGGAAAAUCCAAUGGCAAGUUCUCGACCUUACUCACUUCUCAUGGCAUACCAUCCCAGCGAUGCCGUGCAAAGACAAAGUUUGUCCCCAUGGUUUUAGGUGUGUUUCGAUUCCUCGUGAGGGUUCUCUAUUUGUUUGUGGGGGUAUGGUCUCUGACGUGGAUUGCCCCCUUGACAUGGUGUUGAAGUAUGAAAUUCAUAAAAACCGUUGGACUGUGAUGAAUAAGAUGAAUACUGCUAGAUCGUUUUUUGCUAGUGAAGUGAUUAAUGGUAUGAUAUAUGUUGCUGGAGGAAACAGUGGAGAUCUUUUCGAGCUUGACUCAGCCGAGGUUUUAGAUCCCGAAAAGGGGAAUUGGCACUCAAUUGCAAGCAUGGGGACAAAUAUGGCAUCUUAUGAUUCUGCAGUUCUCAAUGGAAAACUUCUUGUGACCGAAGGCUGGUUGUGGCCGUUUUUCGUCUCUCCGAGGGGUCAGGUUUACGAUCCAAGAACUAAUAAUUGGGAAAGUAUGGCUGUAGGUUUGAGAGAAGGCUGGACCGGGUCAAGUGUAGUGGUCUAUGGUCACUUGUUUGUUGUUUCUGAGCUUGAAAGAAUGAAGCUUAAGGUUUAUGAUCCUGACAGUGAUUCUUGGGAAACAAUCGAAGGUCCCCCAUUACCGGAGCAGAUACGCAAACCUUUUGCUGUCAAUGCAUGCGAUAAUAAAAUAUAUGUCGUUGGUCGGAACCUUCACGUUGCUGUGGGCUAUAUCUCGAGCCUGAACCAAACAAGCAACUCAGAGAAGAAGUGGAGCUUCAGAGUUCGGUGGCUUGUUAUUGACGCCCCAGAUCGUUUAUCGGACUUGACACCCUCGAGUUCUCAGGUUCUUUUUGCUUAGCUCCUCAAGUAUCAUAUGUUGUUCAAUAACUUGUAAUUAUACAAAGAUUACAAAGUCUGUAGAGUUGGAAUGACUGUGUGUUUAUUAUGGCAUCAUCCAUACUUUUUUGUGCUCUUUGGUUGUCUCAGUACUAAUUGCUAGAUCGAUAUGUUUUCCGA